AUGGAUUUGGCGAGCGUUCUGUGUUUGGUGCUGGGCGUUGGAACUUGGUUCGCCCGCGCGGAGAGGCACAGUGUCUACUGGAACAGCUCAAACCCAAACUUCCUGUGGGACGAUUACGCCGUGGAAGUCCGCAUCAAUGACUACCUGGACAUCAUCUGCCCGCACUACAUCCACGGAGAGGUGGCGCCGCACUCAGCUGAACGCUAUGUGCUCUACAUGGUGGAGAGGGAAGACUACGAUGUUUGCAAGCCGCACUCAUUUGACCAGCUGCGCUGGGAGUGCUCGCGGCCCUUCGCCCCCCACGCCCCUGAGAAGUUCUCCGAGAAGUUUCAGCGCUUCACCCCCUUCACCCUGGGCAAGGAGUUCAGGCAGGGAGAGAGCUAUUAUUACAUCUCCAAGCCGAUGCAUCACCACGGCCAGGAUUGUCUGAGGCUCAAAGUGGACGUGGCCGGACAAAAGGCAUUGGCAAAGACUCACGCAGGCAAAUUCAAGGCAGGGACAGAGAAGAGUUUGGAUGCAUCAAAAGCCAAGUUUACCUCUGCCGGCGGAGUUCACAACCUCUCCAAUCGUCUCCCAGCAGACGACCCAACUGCAAUGGAGCCGAAUGUUCAGAGGAGCAUCGGAAAUUCAGGAGCGCGGCAUGUCUCGGUCUCGCUCUUCUUGGCGCUCCUUCCAGUUUUGUUAGCGGCGAUACACUGA